GGGGCGGAGCGGAGCGCAAGAGAAGGCGGGGGAGGAGAGGCCCCCGGGACCGCGAGCGGCAGCUGGGGAGGGGGCCGCGGAGCCGGAGAGCGAGCAAAACAGCUGAUCUGAUUUUCCCUUAAAGCGAGAGAAAAUGGAAGUCGGGUAGCGGCGACUGCGGCGCUGCAGGCUGGCGGAGCGGAGCGGCGCGGCAGAGCCCUCAGGGGUUGUGGUCCCACACCAUCUACUGGGGCAACAAUGGGCCAUUUCCAGCAGGGACGGUGCAGCAUUGCCCUGGCUGCCUGAUUGCCACACACCCCCAGAGAAUCACACUGUCUGAAAAGUGGAAGUGACAAAAGAGGAGCUCCACCAGCCAAGGCUCCAGUACGUGGAGAGAAGGAAGAAGGCAAUCUCCUAAUUGGUACCAUAUACAUCAGAUGGAUGGUUUCUAGCCUGCUUCCAAACCCCACCUCGGCUGAGUGUUGGGCAGCCCUUCUACAUGAUCCUAUGACUCUUGAUAUGGACGCAGUCCUGUCAGACUUUGUUCGGUCCACGGGGGCAGAACCUGGUCUGGCCAGAGACCUGCUGGAAGGCAAAAACUGGGACCUGACAGCCGCUCUGAGUGACUAUGAGCAGCUCCGACAGGUGCACACAGCCAACCUGCCACAUGUGUUCAACGAGGGCAGGUGUCCCAAGCAGCCAGAGCGAGAGCCACCGCAGCCCGGGCACAAGGUGGAACGGCCCUGCCUUCAGAGGCAGGACGACAUCGCCCAAGAAAAGCGACUUUCUCGGGGAAUUUCCCACGCCAGCUCGGCUAUCGUCUCCCUGGCCAGGUCCCACGUGGCCAGUGAGUGCAACAAUGAGCAGUUCCCCCUGGAGAUGCCCAUCUACACAUUCCAGUUGCCGGAUCUGAGCGUGUACAGUGAAGACUUCAGGAGUUUCAUCGAACGGGACUUGAUCGAGCAGGCGACCAUGGUGGCUUUGGAGCAGGCAGGUCGCCUGAACUGGUGGUCCACCGUGUGCACGAGCUGUAAACGGCUUCUUCCUUUGGCCACUACAGGAGAUGGGAACUGCCUUUUACACGCCGCCUCUCUGGGAAUGUGGGGGUUUCACGACCGGGACCUGGUUUUGCGGAAAGCUCUCUACACCAUGAUGAGGACAGGGGCUGAAAGGGAAGCCCUAAAGCGAAGGUGGAGGUGGCAGCAGACACAGCAGAACAAGGAGUCAGGGCUGGUGUACACCGAGGAGGAAUGGGAGCGGGAGUGGACUGAGCUACUGAAAUUGGCAUCCAGCGAGCCACGCACGCACUUCAGCAAGAACGGUGGCACAGGCGGGGGUGUGGACAACUCUGAAGACCCCGUGUAUGAGAGUCUAGAGGAGUUCCAUGUGUUUGUCCUCGCCCACAUAUUAAGAAGACCAAUAGUUGUCGUAGCAGAUACGAUGUUGAGGGACUCAGGUGGAGAAGCAUUUGCUCCAAUCCCAUUUGGAGGGAUUUACCUGCCUUUGGAGGUGCCUCCCAACAGGUGCCAUUGCUCACCUCUGGUUCUUGCCUAUGAUCAAGCGCAUUUCUCUGCCCUGGUGUCCAUGGAGCAGAGAGAUCAGCAAAGAGAACAAGCCGUGAUCCCUCUGACGGAUUCGGAGCACAAGCUGCUGCCUCUGCACUUUGCAGUGGACCCCGGGAAGGACUGGGAGUGGGGCAAAGACGACAACGAUAACGCCCGUCUGGCCCACCUGAUCCUGUCGCUAGAAGCCAAGCUGAACCUUCUGCACAGCUACAUGAACGUGACGUGGAUCCGGAUCCCCUCGGAGACCCGGGCCCCUCUGGCACAGCCGGAAUCCCCAACAGCCUCUGUGGGGGAGGACGUGCAGUCCCUGGCCGACUCCCUGGACUCGGACCGCGACUCGGUGUGCAGCAAUUCCAACAGCAAUAAUGGCAAGAAUGGCAAAGACAAAGAGAAAGAGAAGCAACGCAAGGAAAAGGACAAGACCCGCGCGGACUCCGUGGCCACCAAGCUGGGCAGCUUCAGCAAGACGCUGGGCAUCAAGCUGAAGAAAAACAUGGGUGGCCUGGGAGGUCUCGUGCACGGCAAGAUGGGCCGCGCUAACUCCGCCAACGGCAAGAACGGCGACGCCCCCGAGCGCAGCAAGGAGAAGAAGACCAAGUCACGCAAGGGCAGCAAGGAGGAAUCGGGUGCGUCGGCGAGCACGUCUCCGUCGGAAAAAACCACGCCGUCGCCCACGGACAAGGCGGCCGGGGCGUCGCCGGCCGAGAAGGGCGGCGGGCAGCGGGGCGACGCCUGGAAGUACAGCACGGACGUGAAGCUGAGCCUCAACAUCCUGCGCGCCGCCAUGCAGGGCGAGCGCAAGUUCAUCUUCGCCGGCCUGCUGCUCACCAGCCACCGGCACCAGUUCCACGAAGAAAUGAUAGGCUACUACCUGACCAGCGCGCAGGAGCGCUUCAGUGCAGAGCAGGAGCAGCGGCGCCGCGACGCCGCCGCCGCCGCCGCCGCCGCCUCCACGGCGAAACGGCCGCCGCGCAGGCCUGAGACCGAGGGCGCGCCGGGCUCCGAGCGCGCCUCGCCAGGCCCGCCGGCCGGGCCGCCCACGCAGCUGGUGCUCAAGCUCAAGGAGCGCCCAAGUCCCGGGCCGGCGGCGGGCACGCGGGCGGCGCGGGCGGCGGCGGGCGGCGCGGCCUCCCCAGGCCCGGGCGGCGGCGGCGGCGGCGGCGGCGCGCGACGCGCUGGCGCCAGCGGACCGCUCCCUGGCCGCAGCCCGCCGGCGCCGGCGCGCCAGAGCGUCAUCCACGUGCAGUCGGCGGGCGCGCGGGACGAGGCGUGCGCGCCGACCGUGGGCGCGCUGCGGCCGUGCGCCACGUACCCGCAGCAGAACCGCUCGCUGUCGUCGCAGAGUUACAGCCCGGCGCGCGCCGCCGCCCUGCGCACCGUCAACACGGUCGAGUCGCUGGCGCGCGCCGUGCCCGGCGCCCUGCCCGGCGUGGCGGGGGCGGCCGGCACCGCCGAGCACAAGUCGCAGACCUACACCAACGGCUUCGGCGCCGCGCGCGACGGCCUGGAGUUCGCCGACGCCGACGCGCCGGCCGCCCGCUCGAACGGUGAGUGCGGCCGCGGCGGCCCGGGGCUGGCUCAGCGGCGCUGCCAGCGCGAGAACUGCGCGUUCUACGGGCGCGCCGAGACCGAGCACUACUGCUCCUACUGCUACCGCGAGGAGCUGCGGCGGCGGCGCGAGGCGCGCGGGGCCCGGCCCUGAGUGCGGCGCGCGCUCCGCCAGCUUUUACCAUAAAGGAUUUCUUUUCCA